AUGUCAGUUCUUGUUAAUGGUAGUCCAACUCGAGAAUUUUCGGUUACUAGAGGGUUAAGGAAAGGAGAUCCUCUAUCUCCUUUCCUCUUUUUGUUGGUGGCAGAGGGCUUUGAGGAAAUGGUAAAGGUGGCCUCUUCUUUAGGUGAUUUUAAAGGUUUUAGCUUGGAUGAUCAUAAUCAUUUUGAGUUACUUCAAUUCGCCGAUGAUACGAUUUUGAUUGGCGAGAACUCAUGGAACAAUCUUUGUACUUUUAAGGUCAUUCUUAGGGGUUUUGAACUUGUGUCCGAUUUGCGUGUCAAUUUGAACAAGAGCCGACUCUUUGGAGUAAAUCUUGAUCCAUAUUUUAUUCAAGUCGGGUCUUCUUUUCUAAAUUGUGCGAUUGGUUCAUCUUCUUUUGUUUUCCUUGGUAUUCCGGUUGGUAUUAAUCCUAGAAGAUGUGGUGUGUGGAGACCGUUAGUUUCAAAAUUAAGAAGGAGAAUUAGAAGUUGGCAUAAUAGACAACUUUUGAUCAGCGGGAGAGUUGUGCUUUUGAACUCUAUUUUGUCUAGCAUUCCAAUUUUCUACUUCUCUUUCUAUAAGGUUCCAGAAUCCACUAUUUUAGAGAUUAUUUCGAUUCAACGGUCCUUUCUUUGGGGUGGUCAAGAAGACAAGAAGAAGAUUAGUUGGAUUAGUUGGGAUAAAGUGUGUUUACCAAAAAAAGGAAGCGGGCUUGGUGUGAAGCAUUGUGGGAAGUUCAAUUUAGAGCUACUUAGAACAAUGCCUCUUGGAAUUCUUUUCCCAGAUUUACUCUCUAUGUCCGAUGCUCCCCAUUCGAAGGUGGCGGAUAUGAGUAGAUGGAAUGGUGAAAAUUGGAUUUGGGCUCUUGGAAUUUUUUGCGAUUCGGAAGACCGGGCAUCCGCAAAGCAAUUGAAUAAUUUAGUGAUUCUCCUUGCUCCGGUUCAGCCGUGUCGCUUGCUCGAAGACUCUUUUGUGUGGUGGAUAAAUCCUUCCGGUUUCACGGUGAGUAAUGCUUAUGAUACCAUUAUGUUGUUUGAGUUACCGAUCCCUCCGUUGGAGAAUUCUUUUUCUUCUCUUUUCUCUCAGUUAUGGAAGACAAAGGUUCCUAAUAGAAUUCAUCUUUUUGGUUGGAGGUUGAUUUGGAGUAUACUUCUUACGAAAUCGGAGUUGGCAAAGCGUGGAAUCUUAAUAGUGCCUCACUUGUUGGUGUGUCCUUUGUGUAGACGGGUUGACGAGGACUUGGACCAUCUUUUCCUUCAUUGCCAUAUUGUUAGAAUUUGGUGGAAAAAAUUAUCUAUUUGGCUUGGUUUAGAUGAUGCGUCUUUGGCCGAAACAAUUUUGAAGCGGCUCUCUUUAUUGGAAUCAUCUUGUAAAUCUUCUUUCCGUUUGUAA